AGAUAAUCACCGAUAAGCAUAUUUAAAGUGCCUAUUAUUGAUCAUUAAUCCUCCUCUUCAAACAAAUCCUAUCUAUACGCCGUCAUGAGUUUGAGCCCAUCAACACUCUCGACGUAGAUGUUCUACCUCAUACGACCCAUAUGAGAGCAAUAUGUCCUCCUCUAAACGCCAGUCAAUCCUCCCGCGUGUCCAGUCCGGCCCGAAAGCUCCCGUCAACUUCUCUUCAUCAAUCACAAUAGCUGAUUCUGCCCUUCUGGCAGGGAACCACACCAUCAACAUCAGUUCGGAGACGGUCAUACAUCCUCGAGCAAAGUUAGAUUCCUCUAAUGGCCGAAUCACGAUUGGUCGGAGAUGUAUCGUCCACGAACGAACAAGCAUUGGGGCAACCUCUGCAGAUCCGACUCCUAGUGAGUCACGCGACGGCGUGGUGGUUAGCGACUAUGUGACUAUCGAAGUUGGCGUAGUGCUCGAGUCCGGCGGUACAAUGAUUGGCGAAGGUUGUAUUGUUGGCGUAGGCUGCAGAAUAGGAAAAGGGGCGAGGCUGGGGAAGCACUGCACUUUAACACCCCACAGCGUUAUACAGCCUUGGGAGAUAGUGCCAGAUUUUACAGUCGUGUACUCGAAUGGUACUAGACGAACUGAUAAGCGUGGCGUUACGGAGUUAAAGAACAAGGCACAGGCGCGUCAGAUCGAAGUGCUAAGGAGACUUAUACCCAGCAAUCCCGCCAAGUUCCAAUGAUCUUGUUAGAUACCUUUAGUUUUGAUUCGACCUAGCUUAUUCAAUGAUACCCUCUUAAGUUUAUUGCCCUUGUAUCACCAAUGAUUUAUUCGGCUGCUUUACCUUUGAUGAAACUAGCAUAACUAAACUUGAAGCCGUACCCUAUUUCAUAGAGAAGGUAUCAUUUUCUCUAUGAAACGCUCCGGGAAUGGAUCAAUGCUACUUGAAGGGAGGCUGAGGAAGAGACUAGUAAUAGAAUGAA